AUUCUCUCUACUCGUCAACGCAGACCUUUUCUAAUUUCAUAUAUAUCAUUGUCGGCGUUCCUACGGUGACCAUAUCUCCGUCAUCGAUAACAAAACCUCCGCCUAUUUUUACAUCUUAUAUUUGAUCAAUACAUACAAAUACAAUGUCUGUUAAAACCGUUAAAGUUAGCAAUCUUUCGCUAGGGGCGUCUGAGCGAGAUGUAAGGGAGUUCUUUUCGUUUUCUGGUGAUAUUGUGUAUGUUGAGACACAAAGUCAUAAUGAGCGUUCCCAAAUCGCGUUUGUUACGUUCACUGAUUGUCAAGGAGCAGAGACUGCUGUUCUUCUUUCGGGUGCAACAAUAGUUGACACAACUGUCACUGUAACCCUAGACCCAGAAUACCAGCUUCCACCAGCUGCUACAGCUGCUUCUCCUCAAUAUGGAAGCAAUGUUCCUGCUGGAAACGGCUCUGCUCUGCGCAAGGCUGAAGAUGUUGUUACCAGCAUGUUUGCUAAAGGUUUUGUCUUAGGUAAAGAUGCUGUUGGCAAAGCAAAAUCCUUUGAUGAAAAGCAUCGUUUGACAUCCACAGCAUCUGCUAAAGUUUCUUCAUUAGACAAGAAAAUUGGAUUCACUGAAAAAGUCAGUGUGGGCACGUCAAUCGUGAGUGAUAAAGUCAAAGAAGUUGACCAAAAACUGCAGGUAUCUGAGAAAGCCAAAUCAGCCUUUACGGCUGCUGAGAACACUGUUAGCAGUGCAGGUUCUGCCAUAAUGAAAAACAGGUAUGUCUUUACCAGUGCAUCAUGGGUAACGGGUGCAUUCAAUAAAGUAGCAAAAGCAGCCGGUGAAGUCGGGCAACAAACUAAAGAGAAAGUAGAAAAGGCAGAAGAUGAAAAAAGAAGGAAGAUGGUUGAUGAUUAUGCUGAAGUUCAUUUAUCCGAGUCUCCUACUGCUCCUGAUUCAAAUGACCAACAUCACCCUUCCAAGCCCGCACCAGUGACAGGUUUGGUUCUUUAGAAACCAAUUCUAUACAUACAUUCUUAUUGGAAAGUUGAAUUCCGUACACCCAUCGUGAAGUGGUGAUUAUAGAACUUUUAUAUCGUUAGAUUGUUGCAAAACUUUAUGUUUCUUUUUGCAUUGUCUUGAAUGUGGGCUAUAUGCAACUAUUGAUUCUGUAUGUUAUUAAUUUAUUGAGCAGUUUUGAUGGAA